UGAACUACUAGGAAGAAAGUCAGAAAGUCAAGAAAAGUGUAGUGAUUACAUACUCUUUGGUUGAGAAAAGCCCAGCUGGUAGAUAGUGAUCUGUGAGAAAAGCUCAACAACAGAAAAGUGUAUCUACUAUCUACUACCUCUAUUAGAAAAUCUUGAUUUACAUUUUACAGAACUUAGGUACUAAAUUAAAUAUUGUUAUAAUUUCCAAAAUCCAUAGCAAAACUGAGAACUCAACUUGCCUAGGUACCUAAAAAAAGGAUGCCUGCAAUAGAAAAAGCCAUUACAGAGGAUGACGAAGAUUACAUUAUAUCGAGAGCUAAAGAAGCGCACAAACACAAUAUAUAUUCUGCCAAAGCUUGGAUGUUAACUGCAAAAACGUUAUUUCCAACGAAUUUUAAAGUUCAAUUUGAAGCUUAUUUAAUGGAAAAACAGUCUGGGAAUGUUCUUGAAGCUGCAGAAUGUUUUAGUUCAUUGAUGUUGUCACGACAAAACCUACCAGAUCUCUUGACAGAGAUAUCAGCAAUUGCCAAUGCACUAAAAUCUAAUGAACCCAGUUUUUUAAGUCAAAUGUUUGAUAAUAUAUGUCCUGAUAUUCAACUAACAAUACUUAAAACAAGUGUUGAACAUAGUGAUGAUACUAUGGAGCAUUGUAGAUUACUAGUUCUAUUGCUAAAGAAAUUUCCUCAAUUGGGAGUGGACAGUCUCGUUAAGACGCUCAUUAAUACAGAGAAGUUUUUUUAUGAUAACAGAUAUGCUAGAUUGCUUGUUGUUGAAACAUUACCUCUACUUCAUUCUCUCGAGUCCCCAAGAUUACUGCAGCGAUUGGUUGUGAAGGCGAUAGACUUUUAUAACUCAUAUGUGUAUGAUGAAACUGAACAUGAUAUUACUGAUCCUUGGCAGAGGCUUUAUGGUAUACUGGAAUUAUUAGCGCGACAGCUGGGAUGGGAUUUAUAUUUAGUCAAUUAUAACAAUAGCUUAAACAAAGAAUCAUAUUAUCAAAAGCUAUUGAUGUUAAGAAAUCUUGAGGAUUGCCGUCAACUUUUGUAUUGUGGUAUUGUAUUUUUCUUAAGAUCGUUGUAUGAACACAAAUCCCUUAAAGGCAAUCAUACAUUAGUAGAAUCUUUGUCUGAUCCGGAUCUGCCACUGUCCAAACGGAAGAAGGGUGAUAUUGAAGUAACAGGGGUAUCAGCUCAUCAAUUUCAAGCAGCUGCUAAUUGUUGGGAGUUGCUGCACGGUAAUGAAGUUAUUACUAGAGAAUUUAUGAAACUAACUUCACAAUUACAAGUAAAGCCUUGGUUGGAAGGAUUUUCUGAUGAACUAGCUCUUUACAAAGGCAGAUAUAAUGAUGCAAACACCUGUAUGACUAGCGAUUUAACAACCAUUAUAUUGAGAGUGUCUAUAAACUUUUUUCAGCAAAAUUACUUAGCCUGUAUUGAAAAUAUGCUAGCAGCAUUGCCAUUGUUACCUGCCGUGGAAGGUAUCUUGGAAUCCGAUCUGAUAGUUGGUGGAAAACAUAGGCACCUGCACUUUUUACCAAUCACCAAGGUGGCAAUCAUGCACUAUUUUUGUACAUUGUUGAUACGAAUUUUAUUGAAAACUGGAAACAAUUCAGAUUUAACUUAUGGACAUAUGCUAGUAUUGAUGCAACUUGGAUGGCCACAGGAAGAAUCAGUAUUUAUUAAUAUCAUGGAUGCAAUAAAGAAAAAAGGGGUUUUCCAUUAUCAUCUUUUUCCAGCAUAUAUAAUUCAUAUUGAUAUUCUGGAAGAAUUAAGUUUUAUUUGGAAUGAACAGGGAAAAAACAUUGCAUUGGAUAUUUUACCAAAUUCUCAACAGCAUCUUGGACAGAGAAGAAUAGGCACUCGUGGGGCUGAUAAAGGCGUAAAGGAAGACUUUAAGCAAGCAAUGAAGGCACAAGUUGCAAGGAGCAAUGAAUCCAUACUUAAUUUAAUUAUACAGUUUUUAACUUCAGAAAGAUCUUACUUUCUGCAAUUGCAAUCAUUGUAAGACAAAAUAAAACAGUUAACAAGGUCUCUAUUAAA